AUGCAAAGUCUCGUAGACGAGGUCAACUCUAAACAGAAUCUAUGGACGGCGUCCACUGAACAAGGGAGAUUCUACGGUAGUUCCCUCGGUGAUGCUAAGAAGCUUUGCGGGACAUUCCUUAACGGGACUGAAGAGCUCGAGGAGAAGGUCUAUCCACCGGAGGAGCUUGUUGACAUUCCAGACAGCUUCGAUGCCCGCGAUGCGUUCAAGGAGUGUAAGGACGUCAUUGGUCACGUGAGGGAUCAGUCGGCUUGUGGAAGCUGCUGGGCGUUCGGGACAGUUGAGGCAUUCAAUGCCCGAGUCUGCAUCAAAUCGGGCGGGAAGCUCAACCAACUCCUAUCCGCCGCGGAUAUGCUCGCUUGCUGCAAUAUCGAGCACUUUUGCUUAUCUUUCGGUUGUAGUGGCGGCAAUCCUAUCACAUCGUGGACUUUUCUUCACACAAAUGGUAUCGUCUCAGGUAAGCUGUCUAAAAAUAUGAAAGCAGCCGAUGGCUGUUGGCCGUACAACUUCCCAAAAUGUGCUCAUCACCAAAAAGAAUCCGACUACAAACCUUGUGCGAAAGAACUAUACGACACACCUUCGUGCUCAAGCAGCUGCCCCAAUGCGAAGUAUGGGACUGCUUUCGACAAGGAUCGUCACUACACUGAAAGUCUCCUCCCGAGUCGGUUCGGGAGCACAAGCAGCAUCAAGAAGGAGAUCAUGACCAAUGGGCCA